AUGGUGUGGGCCAGUCCAGAGAUAGACUUGUGCAAGAAGGUCUUUACAGCCGACAGCUUUCUCAUUCGCAACCCCGCCGAGUUCAAGAACAACUCCUUUAAGAGUCCAAGUCCAACCAACUUGGAGAGGACAUGCUGGCGAGGAGUCAAUCUUGGAGGUUGGCUAGUGCUGGAGAAGUGGAUGGCACCAGACCUCUUCGCUCUUGUUCCAUCAGCUGAUGACGAGCGAUCCUUGUUGGCCGAAGGAGGUAGCGAAGCACGAGAUGCUGUGGCCAAAUUCCGCGAGACCUUCAUCACUCAAGAGGACCUUCACUGGCUUAGACAUGAAGGAGGAAUUGAUGCCGUGCGUUUACCCGUUGGUUUCUGGUGCUUGGACGAGUUUGCCGCAUCGACCCCAAUGAUGUCAACCCAACGCUAUGUUGACGCAGUGUUUGACUGGGCAGAGAAGUAUGGCCUGAAGGUCCUACUUGAACUGCAUGGCUUAGUGGGGUCCCAAAACGGAGAACAUCAUAGUGGUGACAGUGGCCAGUUGGCUUGGUUACAACCUGCCAACCGCGAGAGAAACCUUAAGGUGAUUCGCGCAUGUGCUCAGCGAUGGGGCUCCCGAGAGUCCUUGCUGGGAUUUGGCUUGGGAAAUGAGGUAGGUGAAAAGGAACCAACAUGGCUUGACCAACUGGUGGCAUUCCUGAAUCUGGGAUAUUUUGAUGCAACCCGUUUCUAUUGGGCUUCUGUUGCUCAAUUCUAUGCAGAUGCUGCAACAAUUGUCCAGAAGCAUUUGCAUCCAGAAGCAAUUCUUGUCCUGGACACAUGCUGGGACAUGGAACGUUGGACGAUGGAAGCUUUGCGAGAUGUUCCUGGAAACAUUUGGCUGGAUUACCACCACUAUCAAUGCAUGGGUAACGAAGCUGGCAACGUGCAAGAGCAUUGCCAGGCCGUCGAAUUUGAAGGGCUGCUGACGGAAAAGAUGCAGUCUCUUCCCGUGAUCAUCGGCGAGUUCUCCUUGGCCUUGCCGCCGAGUGCUGAGGGCUAUGGAGAUGGCACUGCUUGGCCCAAACAGUUUUUCCAACGACAGGCCAGCCUUGCUGAGAAACACGCAUCGGCAUGGUUCUUCUGGAAUUACAAAAUCGCACGUGAAGGAUGGCCGCAUUGGAGCUACCGGGAGUCAGUCGAGCGCGGCUGGAUAGAGCCAAAGCUGUUUGGAACGCUCGGCUACAGCUAA